CAAACCAUCUGAUUAGAAGAGCUUCUCUCAGGAGCACAUUGGGUCCACACUUUCCACAGGAGGAAGGCGGCAGCUUCUUCCGAGGUGGUGGCCAGAGGACAAGGGGGCUCAGGCCAUGUCCACCACCACAUAUCAAGUGGUGGGUUUCCUCCUGUCCAUUCUGGGACUGGCGGGCUGCAUUGCCGCCACGGGGAUGGACAUGUGGAGCACCCAGGACCUGUACGACAACCCUGUCACCUCUGUGUUCCAGUACGAGGGGCUCUGGAGAAGCUGCGUGAGGCAGAGCUCAGGAUUCACUGAGUGUCGGCCCUACUUCACCAUCCUGGGCCUUCCAGCCAUGCUGCAGGCAGUGCGAGCCCUGAUGAUCGUAGGCAUUGUCCUGGGUGCCAUUGCCCUCCUGGUGUCUAUCUUUGCCCUGAAGUGUAUCCGAAUUGGCAGCAUGGAGGACUCUGCCAAAGCCAACAUGACGCUGACCUCUGGAAUCAUGUUCAUCAUCUCAGGUCUUUGUGCAAUUGCUGGAGUGUCUGUGUUUGCCAACAUGCUGGUUACCGACUUCUGGAUGACCACAGCUAACAUGUACACCAGUAUGGGUGGGAUGGUGCAGACUGUUCAGAACAGGUACACCUUUGGUUCAGCUCUGUUUGUGGGCUGGGUCGCUGGAGGCCUCACACUGAUCGGGGGCGUGAUGAUGUGCAUUGCCUGCCGGGGCCUGGUGCCAGAGGAAACCAACUACAAAGCCGUGUCUUACCACCCAUCAGGCCACAAUGUUGCUUAUAAUUCUGGAGGCUUCAAGACCAGCACUGGCUUUGGGUCCAACACCAAAAACAAGAAGAUAUACAAUGGGGGUGCCCACACAGAGGACGAGAUGCAAUCUCACCCUUCCAAAUACGACUAUGUGUAGUGCUCCAAGACAACUCAGCAUGGGCAGAGGAAACCCCCCAAUUAGAGCUCGUCUAAGAAACUAGGAGAUUUUACCAUGAUUCCUCAUUGUUUUUGACCCCCUAGAUGGUUGCAAGUUAGAAAAACCUUGAUUUCAUCUGUGGUGGGAGGCCAAA